AUGAGGAAGACUGGUAGCAUUAGAUCCUUUGUUAUUUGUUCUGAUCUGAUGGGAUCACAAGCAUUAGAUGUAUUGGGGAGGAUGAGGAAGACUGGUAGCAUUAGAUCCUCGGAUUCUGUAGAAGAGGAUGUGUUAGGAUUGGUGAAACCUCAACCUGGACUCCUGUCUCAGCCACAACUCCCACAACCACAACCUCAACCUCAACCUCAAUUCCCCAGUCGACCUCAACAUCAGCUAGAACUUCGUUCUCAACCUCAACUUCAGUACUCAUCUGGCUACCCCCCUCCACCAUGGGCAGCCACACCUGGUUAUUGUAGCAAUCCAAAUCCUGUAUCAAGGCCUUACGCCUAG